AUGGGAACAAAACAGGCUCAGAUCUGCGCAGCUCAUCAGGCCAGCUUUCUGCUGAGAGCGGCCCUGCUCUCCAUGCUGUUGUGUGGCAUGCAGCACGUGCUGUCAGAGUCAGACGAGGUGGUCCUCACCGAGUGGGAGAUCUGGAAAAGCACCCAUGGCAUAAGCUACGAUGAACUAGACGACAUGCAGAGGAGGGCCAUCUGGGAGGACAACAACCAGAAGAUUGAAGACCACAAUCAAGGGUUUCUCAUGGGCAGGAGGUCAUUUACUAUGGUCAUGAAUAAAUAUGGAGACCUUACAAGACAGGAGUACCAAGUAUUGCAGGGAGCCAUGAUCAAUGCCCAGUUCGUCCAGAGAGGAAGGGAAGUUUCUGCCCGAAGACUGCGAUACAAUGCCAAGAAGUUAGAUGCUCGGCUUGUUGACUACAGGAACCAGGGCUAUGUUACUGAGGUUAAAGACCAAGGUUACUGUGGCUCAUGCUGGGCUUUCAGCACCACAGGAGCCAUAGAAGGACAACUGUACAAGAAAACAGGUCAGCUUGUGUCCUUGAGUGAGCAAAACCUGGUGGACUGCUCCAAACCGUACGGUACUCACGGGUGCAGCGGUGCCUGGAUGGCCAAUGCCUACGACUAUGUGGUCAACAACGGGCUGCAGGCGACAGACAGCUACCCAUACACCUCAGUGGACACACAGCCUUGUUUUUAUGACAGCAGGCUGGCAGUUGCUCACAUCAGAGACUACCGGUUCAUUCCCCAAGGAGACGAGCAGGCUCUGGCUGACGCUGUGGCGACUAUCGGCCCAAUCACCGUGGCUGUAGAUGCUGAUCACUCAAGUUUCCUGUUUUAUAGCACAGGAAUUUAUGAAGAGCCCUCCUGUAACCCAAACCAUCUGAGUCAUGCAGUGCUACUGGUUGGAUAUGGCUCAGAAGACGGCCAGGACUACUGGAUCAUCAAAAACAGCUGGGGAAGCAGCUGGGGUGAAGGUGGUUACAUGAGAAUGAUCCGGGACGGCAGGAACGCCUGUGGGAUUGCAAGCUACGCAUUGUACCCAGUUUUAUAGAGUUCAUGGCUUAAGAAAACUUUAAUCAGCGCUACAACACAAGUCAUCUUUUAUCAUGGUUUCUGAACUUAUCUGUCAGGG